GUCCAACACUCUUUUAGCUUCUUUCCCUAUUUAAGGUAAGGCAGUUUUUUUGUAUCGUACGAAACUUUUAAAUGUAAACAGCCGUUAAAUUCAAAGCAUUUUCACACAAGUUCAAACAACGGCUGAUUAAGCGUGUCAACUCUACACUGUGUUUCUCAGUACGGUAGUGUUUUGUUUUCUGUGUUGUGAAUGAUGUGUUUUAUGUCAUGACUGACAGAGGGAAAACAGCAGAGCCAGUAAAGAGAGAGGACCGUGAACCUUUCAGAAAGCUCUGCAGGCUCCCUUGAGGAGUAGGUAAAGUCUAAUGAGUGAAAACACCAAGAAGUAUCCACCCAAAGUUUCCUCCUAAUGCGUCUGUGUGUCUCCCUGUGGGUGCGCGUGGAAAUUGGACACUCUAAAGUAAACGUAGGUGUGAGUGUGAGAGUGGAUGGUUGUUGUAUUUGUCCCUGUGAUGGACUGACGAACUGUCCAGGCUGUACCCCGCUAUGUCAGCUGAGAUUGGCACAGCACCCUCUCCGGCGACCCACAUGUGGAGGAUAAAGUGGUAGAAGAUGGAUGGAUGGUGUGUGUGUUCUUGUAUUAUGGAUAUCUUUAUGAGGACCAAAAAACUUAUAAACCCUAGGGAGUGAGGACAUUUUGGUAAAGUUAGAACAUUCUGGCUGGUCCUCACGUUCUGUCAGCCCUUAAAGGGGCCUUUUUAAGAGUUGGUUUUAGGGUUAGAAUGAGGGUAAGGGUUAGGCAUUUAGUUGGGAUGUCUAUGGUUAGGUAAGAUGCUUGAGAAUAGGAAUCUGCACAAGCGCGUGUCUUCCUCACAGCAGCAUCUCUCUCUCACUCACUGCAGAAGCUCAGUUCAUGUCUGUUUUUAAGCUUCCGACUGUAACCACUGAGGAACUAUCAGAAAAACAACAACACACGCUCUGCUCAUUCUGUGCACUCCUCCUUAAGAGAAGUUUCACACUGCACAGGAGCUUAAAACUUUUUUUUUUUUACCAACAUUUUUACGGUAAAAGAUCGACUUGCAGGCUGGCAUGAAGUCUGUUUAUUCGGUGUUUAUUUGGUGUUGUGUUGUCUCUGCUCUGUGUUGGCUUCUGGUGUUUGUCCCUCAGGUUUCACUGUGAUGAUGCUGGCUGGGGGCUCGUCAGGGCGGGGUGUCUUCCACUGGAGCAGACAAUAGAGCGUCCUCGUUAAGCCUCCAUGCAUCAGGAAUUCAACACAGGAAGUUGUCUUUAAAAAUAAAAGCCACGGCCCUAUCUCACUCAACCAGAAGUCGUAUUUUGAACUCCAUGAUCGGAAGUGAUGUUGUGUUGACGUUGCUUUCUUCAACGAGUAAAAAGGGAAAAGGAGGUGGUUGCUGAGCAUCAUUUGGAGACAGCGGAUGCAAAAAUGUCAGCUCCUCCCGGGUUUCUGGAGGAACAUUAGCUACACACACCGCCGCCAUGCCGUAGAUGACGCCUCAUAGCGUGGACUGCAGCAGCGGGGAGGACGCCGGGCGGCUCUAACCGAGGGAGGGAGGCAUGUACUGGACUGCUGGCUUCGCCUCUUCCCGGCCGUGUGUGGUUGAACUCGGGCGGAACCACAGCCUGCCCAUCGGUCUGUGCGCCUCCGAGCAGCAGCAGUCUUUAUAUGGCUACAUCAUCGCCUACCCUCUGCAGGAGUACGGAGGCAUCAUGUCGGUUCUGGGCUCGGACUCCUGGUGGAAGAAGACUCUGUACAUCACCGGGGGGGCGCUGCUGGCCGCCGCCGCCUACUUACUGCACGAGCUGCUCGCCAUCAGGAAGGAGCAGGAGCUGGACUCGAAAGACGCCAUCAUCCUCCACCAGUUCUCCAGGCCAAAGAAUGGCGUGCCCAGCCUCUCACCCUUCUGCCUCAAAAUAGAGACGUAUCUGCGGAUGGUGGAUCUGCCCUACCAGAACUACUUCGAUGGGAAGUUGUCACCACAGGGUAAGAUGCCCUGGAUUGAGUACAACCACCAGCAGGCUUCAGGGUCAGAGUUCAUCGUCGACUUCCUCGAGGAGAAGCUGGGCGUGAACCUCAACAAGAACCUCACCCCGCAAGAGAGAGCCGUCUCCCGAGCUGUCACCAAAAUGGUCGAGGAACAUCUCUACUGGACAAUAGCAUACUGUCAGUGGGUGGACAACUUGGAGGAAACCCAGAAGCUUCUAGCGAUGACCGGUCCACUGAGCGACACGCUGAAGUGGCUGCUGAGCCACCUGAACGGCAGCAUGGUGCGCAGGGAGAUGUACGGCCACGGCAUUGGACGCUUCUCCAAAGAGGAGGUCUACACUCUGAUGGAGAAGGACAUGAGGACGCUGGCCACUCUGCUGGGUGAUAAGAAAUACUUUAUGGGCUCUAAGAUGUCAACAUUAGAUGCUACAGUGUUUGGACACCUGGCGCAGGCUAUGUGGACUCUGCCUGGAACUCGACCUGAACAACUCAUCAAAGGAGAGCUGAUCAACCUGGCCAUGUUCUGCGAGCGGAUGCGGAGGAAGUUCUGGCCCGAGUGGUUUGUGGAGGUGGAGGAUGUUUAUUACGAUGGAGGCAGUGAGAGCAGCGGUGGUGCCGGCGGGUCCCCUACAGGUCUGCUGGAUUUGGGCCUCUUCUCCAGGACUGACACUCUGGAAGACAGUGAUGCCAGUAGCCACUCGCCCUCGCCCUCCCCCGGGUCCAACCACUCGCUGUUUGACUCAGAUGUGGGCACGGGCUCUGACAAUGACAUUCAGCUGAAGGAGGACUUAAUACCAGACCUGGAGGUUUGACCUGAGAAGACGGACAGACACCGACAGACGGACACCGACAGGAGACAGGGACAAUCGGUUUUGUGUCAUAAACCUGGCUGAAGAGCCUGUCCAGAGACAAACUAGGUAUUUAUAUGCAGAGCAUACAAACUUAAGCUCAUGAUGCACACGCUAGUGUACUGUUUGUCCCCUCCUGUACCGUCAGAACUGUCCCUGCGGCAGUUUCUCUUUGCCUUAUUUGUCUCAUCCGAAGAUGCAUAAUCCGGUGUGAAAGGUUAACGCUAUGGAAAACGUCUCAUGGAGAUAGGACAGUUGACACGAAAUGAUGCAACUAAUCAACCACUCUGCCAUGUGUCUUAACACACAAACCCUAACAGACAGGUGGAGAUCAAUCAUGUGACAAAAAGGAUAGCAGCUGUUGUGUUUACACGAUUGACCAUCUAUGUGCUGGCGAGGGAUUACAGUUGAUGCCGUGUUUUUACUUUGUGCCCUUAAGAUAUCCUUAUGUCAGCCCCUAAACGUGACCGUAUUUGGGAAGAAUCUGAGUCACGAGAAAAGAUUAGCAGAUUUUGUGCCUGUUCAAUUUUCUGGUUAUCAGUCUUGUUUCUUUCCACCUCUUAAUUAUUUGUUUGCACAUUGACGAGUCUGGUUUUGAGAGCUGUAGUGUUUUUAUUUGACCACUAGAUGGAGGCAGAAGUCUUCCAGAUAUCAUCCACCCUGUACCAUCAAUGUCAUCCCACACCAAGGACCUGCGGUAGAUUUAAGUGGGCAAAACACUUCUCCUUCACCCCUAAACUUUAAUAUUCUUCAUUCAUAGGUAUACAAUCCGUGUGUGUGUGUGUGU